AUGCCUUCGUUAGCCGAAUUGACCAAAUCGUUAAGCAUAGCCUUCGAAAACGGCGAUUAUGCCGCGUGCGAGAAGCUCUUGCCCCCAAUCAAGAUCGAACUUAUCAAAAAUAACCUUUUAAUACCUGACCUAUCCAUUCAAAAUGAUAUCUACCUAAAUGAUUUGACGAUUACUAAAAGGAUCCUGGAAGUGGGUGCCCUUGCAAGUAUCCAGACCUUUGAUUUUGACAGCUUUGAAAAUUACUUCAACCAAUUGAAGCCUUACUACUUCAGCAACAACCACAAAUUAUCCGAAUCUGACAAGAAGUCGAAGCUGAUAAGUCUGUAUUUGUUGAACCUAUUGUCCCAGAAUAGCACAACCAAGUUUCACUCGGAAUUGCAGUAUCUAGAUAAACAUAUUAAGAACUUGGAAGAUGAUUCGCUUUUGUCUUAUCCUAUCAAACUGGACAGAUGGCUCAUGGAGGGCUCAUACCAGAAGGCAUGGGAUCUUCUGCAAUCCGGGUCGCAGAAUAUAACAGAAUUCGACUCCUUUACCGAUAUUCUAAAAUCGGCCAUAAGAGACGAAAUUGCUAAGAAUACCGAGCUAUCCUACGAUUUCCUCCCUCUCUCUAACAUAAAAGCUUUGCUCUUCUUUAACAAUGAGAAGGAAACCGAAAAAUUUGCGCUGGAGAGAAACUGGCCUAUUGUCAACUCGAAAGUUUACUUUAACAACCAAUCAAAGGAGACAGCCGAUUACGAAGACGAAAUGAUGCAUGAAGAAGACCAAAAGACAAAUAUUAUUGAAAAAACAAUGGAUUAUGCCAUAAGUAUUGAAAAUAUUGUGUAA